UAGUUGUUAUUUUCGGAUCACCGACCAAACAUACAAGUCCUAAUUCUGUCCCUCUUGAUUCUUUGCACAUUUCUUCAGAUUUUUUGUAUCAGAUGAUAUUAUUCACAGCAAAUAUUCUUCUAGGGUUGAGCAAACAAUCGAUCCAUCAAAAUUCAAACUAAUAGUAAAAGGAAUCUUACUUCGUCUUCUUCAUCUGGUAAAUGCCCAGCUCGCAGGGCACAGUCCCAUUCUACGCCGCUCUUCUCGAAGCAUGCUCCUCCACCAAGAACCUCCACUCCCUCGAGCAAAUCCACGCUCUAACCAUAAGACUCGCCAUCUCCCACCACGAUUUCAUUCGAACCAAGCUCGUCUCCUCCUACGCCGCCUGCGCCCAACUCCGGCAAGCCACCGCCAUCUUCUCCUUCGCCACUCGUCGCCCCACCUUCCUCUUCAAUACCCUCAUCAGAGCCCACUCCUCUCUCCGUUUAUUCCCUCAAUCCCUCUCCAUUUUCCGCCGGAUGCUCCUCUCCGGAAAACCCAUUGACCGCCACACUCUGCCGUUGGUUCUCAAAUCGUGCACGGGGCUGUCGUCUCUGCGGCUUGGCCGGCAAGUUCAUGGGGUAGUUGUGAUUAAUGGGUUCUCUGUGGAUUUGCCGAAUUCGAACGCGUUGAUUACGAUGUAUGGCAAGUGCGGGGAUUUGGGUGUUGCGCGGAAGGUGUUCGAUGAAAUGCCUGAGAGGAAUGAGGUGUCGUGGUCCGCGCUGAUGGCUGGUUAUGGAGUGCACGGGAAGUUUGGGGAGGUGUUUGGGUUGUUUGAGAGGAUGGUGGAGGAUGGGCAGAAGCCAGAUGGGCUCACUUUUACAGCUCUUCUUACGGCCUGUAGCCAUGGCGGGUUGGUUGAGAGAGGGAAGGAGUAUUUUGGUAUGAUGAGAAUGGGGUUUGAUUUGAGGCCUGGAUUGGAACAUUAUACAUGUAUGGUGGAUAUGCUGGGGAGGGCGGGGCAAGUGGAAGAAGCAGAGAAGUUGAUAAUGGAGAUGGAGGUUGAGCCUGAUGAGGCGUUGUGGGGUGCUCUGUUGAGUGCUUGUAGAAUUCAUGGGAAGGCCGAGGUGGCUGAUAGGCUGCAAAAACGGUUUAUCGAGGACAGCUGAGUGUACCAACAGGGUCAUGCGAGCCCGUUUGAUGGUUGGUUUUGUUGGUUUCGAUUUGUUCAAUCUAUAAAGAUUUGGUUUCGACGUCAAUUUUGGCCAAAGAAAGAACUCGAACUGACCUGCUUACAUCUUGUUACCAACUGUGUGGAUUGUCCAAAUGGUUUGCGUAAUCUAGUGGUGUUGGUAAUGCCUUUCAAGAAUCGGGAUUCAAGAUUCGACUUUUUGUUGCAAGAAGAAAGAAAACAAGUGCCUUCAAUUUGUACAUUGAACAUGGGUUUUGCUUCUGUUUUCAAGCCUCGAAUUAAUAGAAUAAGGAAUUUAUUUACUAAA